UGUAGUACCCAACAAAACUUUUUUACUUAUCUGUGAUCAGUUGUAUGAAAAGAUGGAGUACGAGGUUUGUGCUAAAGGUGCUCUGAAAUUAAAAAGUGAUUGUGAGGUUAAAAAGAGACGGAGGAAAACUGAUAAGAAGAAAUUAUUGAAAGAGAUGUCUGAAGUUUCUGAAGUAACAAAAGAAGAAAAAUCUCAAAUUAUUGAAGUAAAACGGACGAAAGCUGAACUGGCAUUUCAGAAAAUGCAAGAAAAAAUGCAAAAGGAACGAAUUAAACAAAAGGCUGCAAUGACACACAAACAAAGAGUAGAAGAGUUCAACCGGCACCUUGAUAGUCUGACAGAACAUUUUGACAUUCCAAAAGUCAGUUGGACGAAGUAGAAAUGCAGUACAAGGGGCAUCAGCAUCUUAUGUAUACAAAUAUUAUUCCUAUGAAAUAAUUUAACUCGUUAUAAUUUGUUAAUUUAAAAAAUAAAAGGCAUAAUCAAAGCUAUGGAAAUAAAUGUAAUAUUA